UUGGAUGUUAAGAAGUUCUCCUCUUUAAUAAGCCAGGGUGAGGAAUGCUCUAUCUGCAUGUCAGCAAGUCAAUGUCUGUGACUGUGAUAGUAAGUCAAGGCUAAAGACUAAGUGAUAUAAUGUAGUGGGGGAAGGGAAGAAGGAAAGAGGGAGAAGAAAAAAGAAGGCAGACUCAUUGAGGGAGGUAGGGAAAAUAAAGCUGACAGAACAAUGAGGGAGAGCUGUGAGGGAGAGAGAGGAAGAGAGACAGAGAGAGAGAGGGGAGAGAGAGAGAGAGCAAGAUAGAGAAAGAGAGGACAGUUUGGGAUAGAGAGUUAGUGGAAAAGGCAGGUACAGUCACAUCCUGUUGGCUUGCAAAAGAUAAAGAGGUUGAAAGAGGGAGGGGGCUGUGUGUACUCCUGUCUAUUUAUGGGUGAGCACUUUAUGUGAUACUGUAUAUUGCAUUUGUAAAGGUUUUUCCUGACUGUUUGACUAUGUAAUUAUAUUGCACAAUAGUUGCAUGACUUUGCAUGUGUGUGUCUAUGUGUGUGCGUGCACUUAUGUCUGGCCAAGUUUUCAUAGUCAAUAUAUGUGUCAUGUUUUCUACUACAUUUUGCCAGAGAUUAACUGUUCACCUUUUACGGUUGGAAGGGAGGUAUUGUCAUUCAGCCAGAGAAAGGAGGAGGGGUCGAUGGAAGAGAGAGUCGGGGAGGGAGGUACAGAAGGAAAAGGAGUGGCUUUCUGUAGAUAGUCGCCCUUUCUACCGGAGUAAAGUCUUCUCAGUGGCAGCUUGGGAGGGAAAACAGAGAAACAAACUGUAAGUGUUGAGAGACAGAGAACGAAAGAUAAAGAGGAAAAGAGCUAACUCCAAACCAACUGAGAGACAUGGCAUCAGCAGCUACACCAAAAAGGAUGGUGUCCUCUGUUUUCAUCACUCUGGCGUCUCCUCACCGAGCCACUGUGACCCAGCAGCAGCACGCCAUCCAAACUCACAACGCCCCCUCCAUAGACAAGCCGCACGCCGUCAUGCGAGUUAACCCAGGUGACAGCAUCCAUGCACUCAGCCAAAGACACAAGAAAGAGGCUCCUUCACCGGAGUCCUGCGGCAGCACAGACAGCGUAGGUUGGACUCGAGUAGAGGCCGUGGCCAGAUCCUCAGAUAUCAGGCCUGCAGCCGCCCACUCUGGACUGAGCCAGGGAGAGCAGCAAAAGGACAAAGAUGUCAGGGGGACUGAAGCAGAGCUCCUUCCUCCACCCACCUCACUGCCUUCACCUCAGGGUACAGCACUCCCUGAAGAACCAGCACCUCCUCUCCCUCCUUCUCCCCAGGAGCUUUCCUACCACUCUUCAUCCCCGGGCCAGUCACCACUUUACAGCAAACAGCUAGAGACAAGAACACCAUCUAGUGGGGUGGAUCAAGAUGAGCAGUCCCAAGGGAUCCAUAAAAAUGGCCAAGAAAUGAGUCAAGAGGGUAGAGACGUGUGCGGCUUCUGUCGGAAGACUGUGGCUCCCGCUGAAGCUGCAAUAGAGGCCUUAAAUAGGACUUACCACGACGGCUGCUUCCAGUGUAGAUACUGCCACACUCCGCUGGCUGGUAAACAGUACUACAACAAGGCAGGAAUCCCACUCUGCGAAGACUGCUAUCAGGCCAGUUUGGAACUAUGCUGGGCCUGUGGGGAAGUUAUCAAAGAUCAUGUGAUCCGUGCACUGGAGCGAGCAUACCACCCUGCUUGCUUCACCUGUGCAACGUGUAAGCAAGAAAUUGGAGAGCAAAGGUUUGCUCAGGGAGAGGUUGGAGAAGUUUAUUGCCUCCAGGACUACUACAGGAAAUACGCUCCACAGUGCAACGCCUGCAAACAGCUAAUCAUUCCAAAGGAAGAUGGUACUGAUAGUUACACUGUCGAGUGCCUGGGACGCUCCUUCCAUGAGGACUGCUACCGAUGUGAGAUCUGUGCCAUCCAGCUCUCUCCUGAGCCAAAUGACCACGGCUGCCAUCCCCUGGACGGGAGGAUGCUUUGCAAAUCCUGCCAUCUGAGCGUGGUGUCAGGCCAGCUCUAACACUGGCCUCAGAGCCCAGGAUGAGACAAAACCAGUGGAAAAGUGGCAAAAGUCCUGGUUCAAGAAGACGGAAGACAUUUCAUGAGCAUAUAAAGACAAGGACUUGGGAAUACACGUCAUAAUCUUUUGUUUUCAGUACAACAAUAACUAAAUAUGGUUAUUUUUAUAAUGGGCUAUAUUGUUCUUUCUAAUGAACCUCCUAUUCUUCUUUUUAUACUUGAUCAUUUUGCACUCAUUAAACACUACAAAAUGCACCAAAUAUAUUUAUGCAACAAAAAUUGCAA